AUGUCCAACGCCAUCCAGACUGUCGUCAGCGACGAGCUGCCCGCCGCCCUCGGCCCCUACUCCCACGCCGUCAAGGCCGGCGGCUUCGCCUUCCUCUCGGGCAACAUCCCCAUCACCAAGGCCGGCGACGUCGUCCCCGGCGGCGCCGCCGAGCAGACCGACCAGGUCUGCAAGAACAUCACCCUCGCCCUCAAGGCCUGCGGCACUGAGCUCCCCAAGGUCGUCAAGGUCAACAUCUUCCUCGCUGACAUGGGCGACUUUGCCGCCGUCAACGAGGUCUACGGCAAGUACUUUGCCCACAAGCCCGCGCGCAGCUGCGUCGCCGUCAAGGAGCUGCCCAAGAAGGUCCUGGUCGAGAUUGAGUGCAUUGCCGCUUUGUAA